UACCCAACGGCUCUGCCCUGCCUGGCCCUGCCCAGCCACCACCAGGAUGUCCCAGGGCAGCCCCACUUCCCUCCUGCAUCUCUCCAUCACCCGCUGGAUAGCUGAUAACUUCUAUUCGUGUGAAGGAAGCACCAUACCCCGUUGGCUACUAUAUGAAUUGUAUAUGGAAAGCUGCAGUCCGUAUUUCAAGUGUCCAGUAAAUUCAGCCACCUUUGGAAAGCUUAUUCGGUUAGUUUUCCCAGGGCUGCGGACAAGAAGGUUGGGCACAAGAGGGAGUGUCAGGUAUCAUUAUGAAGGAAUAGCUAUCAGGAAGGACUCCUCCUUCUAUGCGAGUUAUUGUAGUCUUCUGUCUGAAAAAAAUCAUCACAGGUACCAGUCUCCAUGCAAAGCAAGCAGCUCUGCCUGGCAGCCAAGCACCUCUGCAGGCACCAGUGGAGACACCUGGAGUUAUGGACAUGAACCUGGUUACAUGAGCCAAAGAGCAAGAACGCAAAAUAUUUUUGCUGCCUUAAUGUCAACUCAAAUGAUUUCAUCUGUGCUGAGAGUGGAAAUCGUGGCUGACAGCCCAGGUUUUGAAUAUUAG